UAGGAUUACUUUUGUUGAGUUCAACAUGCCGCUCCGAAAGCAACAACAAAACCACCGAAGAUAUUUCUUCAGAGAAAUUGGAUAGCACUAAGAAUUUAAUAGAAAAAUUACCAAAGACUGAUACCCAAACAAAUUUAGUUAGCAAAGAUACUCAAAAUGCUUCAGGUGAUAGUUCCAAAUAUGCGAAGUAUCCUGUAGAGGCUGAUACUCUAAAAAACCAAACUGUUCGCCAGGAAGAAAGGAAUAAUGGCAACGACAACGACGGAAAGGGAAGACAAGAUAGUUCCAGGGCGAUAGAUAUAAAUAAGUUCCCUUCUACAGAUGUUCAAAAUAACGAUUAUAGUGCGUCAGAUAACCAAAAGUUCUUGGAUAAUUCAAUUCGUAAAACUUCCACCAAAGUUUUCUCAGAUUUCAACUUUCAGUUAACUACACCCAGAACUACAUAUUUUGAUACAAAAUAUCAAGAAGCUAAACAAAAACUUGAACAAGAAUACGAAGAAAAUAACCCAGAACACUCUGACGAUCACCACAUGGAUAUCACUCAAGAAGUAGAUGAAGAUGAACACGAACACUUAGAUCAUGAUCUCCAUAUGGACCGAUUCUUUGGCAGUGUUAGAAACAAUCCCAAUUCCUCUAUAGAUUACAAAGAAAAGACUAAAAUCUCCCGUAACAAUACCGUCGAUGAUAAUUCAGAGCACAACGAAAUUAGAGUUGAGAAACAUCAAACGCUGAAUUUUGCUUCCGAAUAUAAUGUUACAACGUCCGAAGAAGACGAUACAGGAAAAGGGAGAUUCUUUCCAUGAAACAACUUCUCCAAGAGCUUUCCUUACUACAAGAAAAACUGUAACAUUAACCAAGCCACCUACUACACAUAAUAAUCAUAUUUUGAGUAACAAAAUUGAAUCAGAAACUAUUAAGGCAAUAAAUUUCUUAACAACAGAAGAUCCCACUACAAAAAGACUGACAGACGAGAACGAUAUCGUUCCCAAAGAACAAAGUGUGGAAGAAAACAAAAUAAUACCCAUAGAAACUAACUAUUCUCAAAAAACAACUACAAAACGUGUAAUAAAUGUUACAAAUAGUAGAGAACAAAUUGAAACAACUACAGGAAAACUGGACAAAGAACUAUCUGUAGAUCAUGAGUCACCCACAACAGAGAACUACGAUCAAACUACAGUAAACUAUGAUGUGAAUGUUAAAGAAGAAACCACUAUGAACGAUCAAGUUAGAUUUCAAUCAACUACUGUUCAAAUUCCUGAAGAAACGUCAACACUUGUUAAAGAGACUACUACAGAUAACUUUUGAUGAAACAAUAUAUGGCAUAACCGAAACCACCACAAAUAAAAGCUAAAAUGGCAACAACAAAGUUGGAUAUGUACUCAACAGAUAUUCCUGAUACAGAAACAACUACAUCAGAAACUGCCACUAAAGAAGCUAUUUUGGAUUUUGAAACUACCUCAACAAUCUUACCCAAAGACGAAACAACUACAAUUGUUCCUUCUCAACAGAAGUAGAUAUUGAUACUUCAACUGUUGCUGUAAAAGAAGCGACAAAUAAAAUAGAAAUGAUGACAACUACUAAAGAGACUAUAACCAAUGAACCAACUACUAAAGACACGGAAAAUACCGCAACUGAACAUGGUAAUAGAGUUUCAAAAUCGUUUAUUUUGGAAGACACUACUGUUUCGGAAAGUACGGAAUCAAGUGUAGAUGAUAAACUAUUCUCAACGACCAUACUGGAUGAAAUAAAAACAACAGAAAAACUUACUACUGGACAACACGAAACCCUUGCUGAUACAAGUACUGAAAUGAAAACUGAGCCAGAGAGAACAACGCAAAUAUCUACUGAGUUAGUACAUGAAACGACUAGUUUUUCUACUAGUGAAGAAGUGACAACUGAAAAUUAUGUAAAAGUAAAAAGUGUAUUUAAUACAACACCUACGGAGCAGACUACGAUAACUAUAUUGCCUGAGAUUUCAAGUACUAGUACGAAACUCAUUUCGACUGCUUCAACUACUAGUUCAACUACUCCUUUAACUAUUUUAACAGAGAUCUCAAGCACUAGUUCGACACUUUUUUCAACUGCUUCUACUACUAGUCCAAGUACACCUUCAACUACAAGAUCUUCAACUUCCACCACAACUGAUAGUACUUUAGCUUCAACGUCAAACUCGACUACUGGGUCUUAUAUACCAACACUCAAAUUUCAGAAUAACUCUAAUGUUUUGAGUGGAACCACCGUGACCACCUCUCCCCUUGUUACUUCUAGUACUGAAGACUACACUGCUGAUUCGUCCCCUACUCCAGAUGGUGGAAACGAUGCCAGAGAGGAUAAUACGGGAAAAAUUGCAGCUAUAGUGAUAUCAACAGUCGGGGCUGUAUCGCUUAUUUUGUUGGCUGGUCUUUUGUAUAUAAUGAGAAAGAGACAAAAAAGGUUCAACUAUAAACAAAGAUGCAGACCUGUUAGCUUAGACCAUUACAAUGUGGAUAAUGUUUCCAGUUUUAAUAGCCAAAGAAGAAAAGCUGAAAGACAGUCGAAAAGAUCAUACGGAAAUCCAGCUUUCGAUGAUCCAGCUGGCGUUACUCAUCCAUUGAAUUUCCCAGCGUUGGCCAAAUUUGCUACGAAUGCUGAUGAUAUAAAAGCAGAGUUCGCAGAAAUACCUCAAAUCACGGCAAAAAUAAGCGAACUACCGGAUGGAUGUGAGACCAAAAAUAGAUAUGCCAACGUGAUCCCGCUUCCAGAGACAAGGGUCUAUUUGCAACCCAUCGAUGGAUAUCCUACCAGUGACUAUAUUAAUGCCAAUUAUGUAACGGGUCCGAAGAACACGAAAGGUUACUAUAUAGCUUGCCAAGGCCCCCUUCAGAACACAGUAGACGAUUUUUGGAGAAUGGUUUGGGAACAGCAGUCCAAAGUAAUCCUAAUGAUCACACAUCUCUUCGAAAAUGGAGUGGAAAAAUGUGUGGAUUAUUUGCCACCAUCAGAAGUUCUGGACUGCAACAGACUCUUCGGAGAUUUCCAAGUGACUUUAAAAAAGCGGGAUGUUAAGGAUAAAUACAUAAUAUCCAAUCUUCAGUUAAAAAAUAUGGUUUCAAACAGUUGGAGAGAAGUUACCCAUUUCUGGUAUCUAGGUUGGCCAGAGAAAGGAGUACCAUCAGAAGAAAAUUCUCUAAUAGCUUUUCUUAUAGAAGCUAGAAGCUUUAUGAAAUCAUCUACUUUGGAUAAGACCGCUGCUGCUAAUGGCAACACCAACGGUCCACCAAAGCUUGAAGUGAAUCCGGUAGUGGUUCACUGUAGCCCAGGGACGGGCAGGACGGGGGUGGUUAUUGCGUGUGAUAUAGCAAUUAGGGAGUUUGAGCAGACGAGGCUUGUAGAUAUCCCCAAAAUAGUGUAUAGGAUAAGAAGGGACCGGGCUAGCGCUGUCCAGACCAAGGAACAGUAUACGUUUAUCUAUAGGGUCGUCAGUCUAUAUGCAACAAAGCUGACAGGUGGAGCCUUGGAGUCCUUAUAA